GCUCGUCGCCUGUCUCUCAAUGCACUUGCAGAGUUACGGCUCCAUCGGUUCCGCCACUUCGCGACUUCACGUCUUCGAAUUCGACUCUACGCCAAACGCCACUUUGACAGCUCGGCUCUCCAGCAGACGGCAGCAACGUGCGGCUAACCCUAGGUGCAUCUGUUGUAUACACUGUCCUUUGAGCUUUGGGGAUGAAAGAGAUGGGGAAGUCUCGAAAGCGGUCUCAACAAAUCAAUAGGGAGGAGAGUGAAAGCGGUUCUGAAUUUGACAGUGAUGAAAUGCUAGAUGAUAUGCUGCCUAAUGGGGGUGAUAGCAAUGGUGACAGCGAUGAUUACAGCCAUGGUGAUGAGGAUGAAGAGGAAGAGGGAAAUAGUGUAAGUGAUGAUGGUGGUGAGGAGGAAGAGAGCAACUAUGAAAGCCAUGACACUGGUGAAGAAGAAGAUGAUGAGGAUGAGGAUGAGGAAGGGGAUGAUGAAAGAGAAGGAUGGAAACAGAAUGAGGAGCAAAAGAAUGCAGAAAUGGAGGAGCUUGAGAAUGAGUAUAGGAAGCUUCAGCACAAGGAGAAAGAUCUACUAAGUAAUAUAAUAAGCCAUAAGGAUGAAGAUAUUUUGAAAGGUGAAGCUGUGAAAAAUCAGAAGGUUCUUUGGGACAAGACUCUUGAGUUAAGAUUCUUGCUGCAGAAAGCAUUUUCAAACUCCAAUAGACUUCCUCAGGAGCCAAUUAAGUCUUCAUUCUGUGAUUAUGGGGAUGAAGUUAGUGAGGCAUAUUCAGAUCUAAUUGGUUCUUCAAAGAAGACUUUGGAUUCUAUAUUGGAAUUACAGGAGGCACUUCUUGAGAAGAAUCCAUCAAUUACUCAAUCCACAGAUGGUUCUGAAGUUUCGGAAGCUUCUCAUCAGUCCAUUGGCAAAAGUGAUGAAGAAUGGUUGCAAAUUACCCAAAUGCAUUCAAGGAUGUCUGCGUUUAGAGACAAGUCAGUAGACAAAUGGCAGAGGAGGACCCAAGUAACAAGUGGUGCUGCUGCAGUUAAAGGCAAAUUGCAUGCGUUUAAUCAGAGUAUUAGUCAACAAGUGGGUAAUUACAUGAGAGAUCCAAGUAAAAUGAUAAAGGGUAUGCAGCUUAGCAGAUCUGCAGUUGCUCUAUUUGGAACUGUUCCAGAUCUUACAGCUACACAAGAGGAGGGCACAAAUGCUGACGGCAACCCAGAACUUCUGGAUGAUUCCGAUUUCUAUCAGCAAUUGCUCAAGGAAUUUUUUGAGACAAUUGAUCCAACUUCAUCUGAGAAGGCAUUUUACACCAUGAAAAGACUACAAACAAAGAAAAGAAAAAUUGUUGACCGGCGAGCCUCAAAGAGUCGAAAAAUCAGAUAUAAUGUACAUGAAAAGAUUGUGAAUUUCAUGGCUCCUCAGCCCGUGGAACUGCCUCCCAUGGCCCCCAAGUUAUUUGAGAAUUUGUUUGGGUUUAGAACCCAGACACAAGCUGCUGGCUGAAGUAUAAUGAAGCCUGUCGUCGUCUUUGAUUACUUAUGUUACGGCAAGGCAUUAUUGUUCUUGAGUUGUGCCAAAUCAAAGAUGGUUUUCCAGAAGAAUGAGUGAAAGACGAUCAGAAUUUUUAUAUUCAUUAAAUUCAAUUUGCUUGGAUGGAUUUCGUGAAAAAUUAGAUGAAUAUAAUCAUAUUAUGUUGAGCUAAAAUGUCUA